AUGGUGAACAUCGAAACUGGCGAUUGGAUUCUGUUUGAGCGGACCAAAGCUGUGAAACGCACUAUCAAUUGGAGCGAAAGUGGACCGACUUCUUCCGACUACUAUUUCCAGCGCGCACGAUGGGCGAAGCAGAUCGGAGGAUUUAAAGACGAACAGAAUGAAUGUAAUCUUUUUAUUGCGGCCGAAUUCUAUGAAAAGGAAUAUAUAGAUAUGUGGCCAGGUCAGAAUCUGUCUGAGUUCCCACACGAUACCUGUCUUUUCCGCGUGGACGAGCGCUUUCAUUACGGACAGGGAAUGAAUGAGGCCAACCGGUACAUUGUCUCUCAUCCCCAAAAUCGAGUGGAUAUACACCAGGGUCGGUUCCGCUCCAAUAAUGCUGCUGUCGCGCUACUAGCGGCAGGUAAUCUGAUGCCGGAUGUCAAGGUCGGCGAGAUCACCAUUCAACUGGAUGAAAAAUUCUUUAACACCCUGGUGGAUACGGGUGUUACGCUCAUAGGUGACAAAUUGAGAGUCUUUGAGAAGCCACAGCCGCCAAAAAAUCAGGGAGAGUUUUUCAAGAAAUUUGGAAGGAACAAGCCCCUCUGGUAUGUGGAACCAGCUACGUUCAGGAAGCCCAUCGACGAGCCCGAGAAGACCAAGCCGGGCAACUAG